GUCUAAGUAAGUGGCGCAUUGUAUUAGACCAAACCAUUGAAAAUAAUCAAUAACAAAAUUAUGGUUAUUGAUAGACCGUCAUUUACACAUGUUUUUACCCCCGUUCUUACACCGUUUGAGGUGUUGAUUCUCGUGUUUUAGGCCGAUUUCACGCUAGGUUGUGCUUGUUUGUGAUAUUUCAGGUCCUAGUACGUGAAUGAAGGCUUAGGAGCGAGUCUGGGGUCGAUUGGACGAAGAACGGACGAAUGGCGAGGUUUUUGGGGAGCUGCACGGGCAGACCAGGGAGGCUGCACGGCCGUGCACGGUUGCAAGCUGGCCGUGCGCCUCAUGCCGAGGAGCUGCACGGGCAGGCCCUGAAGAUUGCACGGCCGUGCACCUGGCCGUGCAAGAAGCCUGAGUUCGACUUAAGGGAUACGCUGCGUUUCAUGGUGCACGGCCAGAAUGGUGAAGUGCACGGCCGUGCACCCUGGCCGUGCAACUCGGGAAACCCGGUUUUAAAGCCUAAUCCGAGCCAGAAGUGAGAGAAGAGUGUUUUCAGAGCAAAAACAGAGCCCUAGAGAGAGAAAGUACGAAGAACACAUCCUAGAAGCUGUCUUAGAGCUGGAUUUCAUCGAAUCGAGCCUGGAGAUCGUCAUAGGAGUGAAAAUCAUCGUCCCGGAGCAGAUUAUCCUCAUCGUUAUGAGUAUGACUAAUCCGAUUCUUGUUUUCUCUUCUCUCUCUAUGGAGUAGAACCCUUCUCUCACUUGGGGAUGAAGAAUCCUAGUUCUAUGUGUUAGGGGAUUGAUUGUAAUGACUUGGGAUGAUAUUACUGUUUGGUUUUAAUCGAUUGAGACAUGCUUUAUUGAGUCAAUUGAAUCUUGAUCAAAUUCUCUUGAUUUCUGCUUUAACCUAUGAUAGAUAGAAUCUGAUUAGGUUAAGAGAGCUUCCUUGAUUGAUAGUGGUGAAUUGGUUGUGCGAGAGUCAAUCAAUUUACUGCUUUGUA